UAAAUAAUUACGCGCCUCUGUUUCUCCUCUCUCUCCCACCGUCUCCGUGUCGUUUUAGCUUGCAAUUAACUCCAAAAAAAUCCCACUUCCCUUCCCGGCUUUGCUUCUCUCUCACUCACUUCGCGCUCUCUCUCCCACCGAACGGCGAAGCCAUUAAAGCCAAAUUUCCUGUCUCUGUUUUGCAGCUACACCAUCAGUUUCAGGGAACAUUUCUCGAUUUCUCUGCCCAUUCCUUGCUUUCUUCUCUCUAAUUCCUUGAUUUCCAUCAAGAAAUGGAGUUGGAUCAACUCAGACCGGACAAUCCUGCCAUGACUUUCGACGAGGCUUCCAUGGAGCGGAGCAAGAGCUUUGUUAAGGCCUUGCAGGAAUUGAAGAAUUUGAGGCCUCAGCUGUACUCUGCUGCUGAAUAUUGUGAGAAAACCUACCUUCACAGUGAGCAGAAGCAAAUGGUGGUGGACAACCUAAAGGACUAUGCUGUUCGGGCCCUUGUUAAUGCUGUCGAUCACCUUGGUACAGUGGCUUACAAGUUGACAGAGCUUCUUGAGCAGCAAACAUCAGAUGUAUCAACCAUGGAGCUUAAAGUCUCUUGUCUAAAUCAGCAACUGCUUACAUGUCAAACGUAUACAAGCAAAGAAGGCCUCAGGCAGCAGCAGCUGCUGGCAUUGAUCCCAAGACAUCAUAAGCAUUAUAUAUUACCAAAUUCUGUCAGUAAGAAGGUACAUUUUAGUCCACAUAUACAAACCGAUGCUAGGCAGCAACCCUUUCAAGCAAGAGGUCGUCUUCAGCCCUCAGGCAUUCCUGCAUCGAAGACACUUUCAUGGCAUUUAGCCUCAGAGACAAAGUCAACGAGGAAAGGUGGUACACAUUCUUUAAACUGUAAUGAAGACCAAAAAAUUGCAGAAAAAACUUCUGGAAUUUUCCAUCUUAUAGAUAACGAUGCUACCAUCCGACCAAAAUAUUCAGCUGGUCACAUUCAGCCAUCAAAUGGAUUUCCUGCUUCAAGUGCAAUUUUGCAAACGCUAGGUGGUACACACAGGGAAGCGUUCGAGGGUUCCAAGCAUUUGACAGCAUUCAGGUCAUUUGAUGCCCCAAAUCGACAAGAAAGAGUACACGUUCCUGCUCGCAGCAAAAGUGUGCUAUCCGCUUUCUUUGUAAAGCAGAAAACGCCAAAACUGAAGGCAGGUUCGGUCUCGUGAAUUCUUCUUCAACAAAAAUUACCAGCAAUAUCCUCAACUGUCAUGGCGCAAAUUCUACGUGUAUUGUAUCUUCCUCCGAUCUCUGUCCAUUUUAUUCUCUUUUAUGUGCAUAAAAGUAAUAAGGAUUUAGGGAAGAUGGUAGUCAACGGUGUCUAUCCGACAAUUCCUGCUUGAUAUGAUAAUUGAUAGGUUUGGUUCUUUGGACGGUUCAUUUUCUGAAUUGGUAUUUUGUGGCUAAUUGAUUGGUUACCUUAACAACCCUGGUCUCAUCGUGGCGAUGAAGUCCAAUGGUCUUUAGAGAAACAAUUAUGUAAUGAUUGUAUGGAAGAUUUUCAUUCUACAGUUAGAAAAUCUGGUCACCAUGGAACGGAAUAAAAAACUACAGGUCAAGAAUUAGAAGACUUA